AUGUGUGAUACAUUUGCGAGUGUUAAUUUAAGCUUGUUGGGAGCUUAUCGAUUUGUUGAGAAACGUAGGUUGCGAUUUGCUCUGUUAUCAUUUGGUACAAGCUUUAAUUUGUACUUAGCGUGUAAGUUCAGUAAUAUGUCGCAAGAAGAUGAAGUGGUUGUGAAGCUAGACUCUCAGGCCAUCCAGAAGAGGGAGAGUUUCAAAUAUCUGGGGUCUAUAAUUCAGGAUAAUGGUGAGAUUGACGAGGAUGUCACACAUCGUAUUGGGGCAGGGUGGUUGAAGUGGAGGCUCGCUUCGGGAGUCCUUUGUGAUAAGAAUGUGCCCCCGAAGCUUAAAGGUAAGUUUUAUAGAGUGAUAGUCCGAAAGGCUAUGCUGUAUAGAGCGGAGUGUUGGCCAGUUAAGAACUCCCACAUCCAAAAGGUGAAGGUGGCGGAGAUGCGAAUGUUGCGAUGGAUGUGUGGACAUACCAGGAAAGAUAGAGCGAGGAAUGAGAUUAUUCGGGAGAAGGUGGGAGUUGCCUCGGUGAAGGAUAAGUUGAGAGAAGUGAGGCUAUGUUGGUUCGGGCAUUUGACGAGGAGGGGCCCUGAUGCUCCAGUGCGGAGGUGUGAGACUCUGGCUAUGGAUGGUUUUCGGCAGGCUAGAGGUAGACCGAAGAAAUAUUGGAGGGAGGUGAUUAGGCAUGAUAUGGAGCAA